GGAAUUUUGUAGGAAAUGAGAUGACAUGUAUCUCAAAUCCUAUGAGUAGGAAUAGGAAACGAGAUGUCAUUUGGUUGACAUCAAAGGAAUUUUUCCAUUGAGUCUAGGCUCAUUUUUAUUUUCCUAUAAAAUGUGAAGGAUAGGAACAAAUCCUAUGUAGAAAUAGGAAUCUAUUUCUAUGAACCAAUGGGCUCUAAAGGAAAAAAUUCUAUAAAAAUCCUAUCCUCUAAAAUUUCUAUGAAAUUCCUCCAAACCAAAGGAGGCCUCACUUGUAAAAUCCAACCUAACUUCUCACGGAAUCUUGCAGUCGUUGGUUAAAAAAAAACUCCAUCUCAAACUUCCCCUGUGCAGAAGUUAGCUUUCCUCCUGAAACUUUAACCUGUGAUGCAUGUCCUUGCUAAUGAGUACUGGCAGCAAGUUGAUUCGUUUGAAGGCGGGCAUAGCUGGGCAGACUUAACUUCCUGGAUCCAUCAGCUAGAUUCAUCACGAGACAUCCUUGAAUCGCCCCCUCUUUAAUCGUGACCGCAUCGAUCUCCGUCGCCGCGAAAGCGACGACUAAAUCUCCCGAAUAAUCCACCGUCUUGUCUGUCGAUGCAUCCAUGUCGCCAUGAACAACCCAUGACUCCCUGGGCAGAGGCAGAGCACAAAUCAAGAUCACGAAACAGUAAUCAGGAGCCAUGCGUACAUCUCCUCCUCAGCUAGAGUACGUACGUCCCACGAGGACGAGGCGAAGCAUGCGUGCGUGCAAUGGCACAUCGGCGGAAGCAAGUUGAUUCGUUUUGGCGGGUCGUGUCUCCAUAAAUCGUCGCCUCACGCGCCCGCGGCGGCCAGCCAUACGCACCGGCUCUCCUUGCUUGGAUCGUCAGCUCUUGGUCGCUCCACUGAUCAAUGGCUUCCUGCUUCCGGGCGCGUCGGCAACCGGCAGCGCCAGUGCCGCCGCCGUUGAUUCCGUACGAGUCGUCGUACUCGGAGAUGGAGGGAGCGAUGGAGAAUAAGAGGUGGAACAGCCUCGACUCGUGGUCGAUGCUGCUUGACGCGGGAGGCGGCGCGGACCAGCAGCAGGCGAGCUCGUCGGCGGCGGAGGAGUGGAUGGCGGACCUGUCGCAGCUCUUCCUCGGGAACAAGUUCGCGUCGGGGUCCAACAGCCGCAUCUACCGCGGCAUCUACCGACAGCGCGCGGUGGCCGUCAAGAUGGUGCGCCUCCCGGAGCGCGACGAGGACCGGCGGCGCGCGCUGGAAGACCAGUUCAACUCGGAGGUGACCUUCCUCUCGCGGCUCCGCCACCCCAACGUCGUGCAGUUCGUCGCCGCGUGCAAGCGGCCGCCCGUGUACUGCAUCAUCACCGAGUACAUGUCGCAGGGCACGCUCCGCAUGUACCUCCACAACAAGGACCCCUACUCGCUCUCGCCGGAGACCGUGCUCCGCCUCGCGCUCGACGUCGCCCGCGGCAUGGAGUACCUCCACGCGCAGGGCGUCAUCCACCGCGACCUCAAGUCGCACAACCUGCUGCUCAACGACGAGAUGCGCGUUAAGGUCGCCGACUUCGGCACCUCAUGCCUAGAGGCGCACAGCUCACGCGCCGGCGCCGGAGCGGGAGCCGGAGGCGGUGGCGGCGGCGGCGAAGGGAAGGGUACCAACAUGGGCACGUACAGGUGGAUGGCGCCCGAGAUGGUCCGUGACAAGCCGUGCACCCGCAAGGUGGAUGUGUACAGCUUCGGCAUCGUGCUGUGGGAGCUCACCACCUGUCUGGUGCCGUUCCAGGGCAUGACCCCCGUCCAGGCCGCCUACGCCGCCUGCGAGAAGAACGCUCGGCCGCCGUUGUCGCCGACGUGCCCGCCGGCGCUCAACAACCUCAUCAAGAUGUGCUGGGCCGCCAACCCGGCCAGGCGGCCUGAGUUCAGCUACGUCGUGUCCGUCCUGGAGAAGUACGAUCACUGCCUCCGGGAAGGGCUCCCGCUGGUUACGCCGCCGUCGCCAGUGUCCUCGUUUCUCAGCAUCUUCAAGCUCGGCUCCUGCAUAAGCACCACCAACCUCCCCUCCAUGCCCGUCCACGUCUAAAAAUAUUUUACUGAACCAUGGUUCGGCUUCGGCCAAACCUACGCUUGAUAUCCUUGAUUUCUAAACACUGUUCACGAGGAUUCAUGCAUGGUCGAUUAAAAAAUGCAGUUAACACAUAUGUCACAGAUCCAUAUGUAGUAGGAUGUUAAAUCGUACGACAUAGAACAUAGGUUCAGCUGAACCAUGGUUCUGAAUCACGUCUGUCUCUAAUCAUAUCCAUUCAAAUUUA